UCCUCUUUGAAUUAUAAGUGAUAAUGUUUAAUAAAACAAAUUCCACGAUUUACGUAACGUAAAUUAUAUCGAAACAUUUGAACUUCGAUGCAAGAUCUGGAGGAACGAAUUCAUCGAUUGUUUUCGGGGAUUAAAUGGACGUUUGCGUUUCGUUUCAAAUCGAACUAAACAACUGGGUGGAGGGACGGGAGAUAGACGGAGGCAGAAAGAUGUUAAAGACGUCGCGGCGACAUAACGUACGUCGCGGCCGACAAGUGGCGCGCAUCACGCGAUAACAGGGAUAACGAGAAGGACAAGAACGACGAAUAGGAGCACCACCGCGACCACGUUCACAAGAAUCGUGGUCGUGGUCGUCAGGAGUGUGGUUCGAACGAGAAGAGAUAUCCUCCGGUUCGUGAGGGACCUAUAUAACUGUACUGUGUGUCUGGGUCAGGGGGCGGGCCGCCACGUUUAUAGUAUACUCUCUAUAUUGGACAGGUGUACCCCAUUCCGACUCCACGAGUUCUCGCGUGCACCAUCGAGCCACAGCAGGCUGUAACGUGUCUUUCUAGCUGGCGUGACAGAUAUCGUGGUGCAUCGCGGUAAACACGGGAGGAUCAGUCGCGACGGGGACCCUCCGAGGACGGUUGACCACGGUCGGAGGUUUGGAAGAAAUCGGGAAUCGGCCGUGGCUGGGUUUUCACGAAACGUCUCACCGGCCCUACCUUCUCUACGCGCUCGCAUUCGUCGUCGCCUUUGUCCCCGUUUUUUCGCCACCGAGAUACCGGCCGCCGAGAUCGAUUGUCUUGUGCUUUUAGACAGCCUCCGACCGCGCGGGUACGCGGAGAUUCCUUGGCACAUGGUGCUUCAAUCAGUGCUGUGCAUUGCUCGUAUCUUUCUUCCUUUGCGCAUCGCACGUCUUUGACACGGGAUCAGGAAAAAAAAGGGAAGCCCUGCGUCUUUCGGCGUCUCUACCUCUCGAUUGGACAAACCGACGACAAUACGAAACACUUCACCGUGGACUCUAACGCGGUAUGCGGUGGCGAAUCUUCAUUCUAACCUGUCUCCUACUAAAGGGGCCGGGAUGCCGAGCGGAGGAUGUGGAGGUGGUGGAGGCGAUCCCAGGCGAGGACAAUCAGCGGAACGACAAUUCAGCGGUGAACAGGCAGGACAACGACAUAAACAGCUCGGACCAAUUGGCGUUGGAGUCGUUGGGGGAGAAGGACGCGGGCGGGGGGGGUCAUUACGGGAAGCCGGGCGGUCUUCGGGGCCACCCCGUUCCCCUCGCCCCGAGCAGGGGCCUCCCCCCGCACCCGGGCAGGCCGCACCACAGCGUCGCGUACCACGGGCCGCCCCCGCCCCCCCCGCCCCCCAAGAGCCCGUCGUCCGAGGCGAUCGACAAGAUGUACGCGACGGGGGCCGGGGGCGGCCUGAGCGGCAGCGGGGUCGGCGGCGAGCCGUGGCCAGCCCCGACCCCCGACAUGCCCAAGAUCGUCUCCCUGGACGUGAAGUGCGAGAAGAGCCUGAUGAAGGUUUACCUCGGCUUCGACAAACCGUUCUACGGGAUAGUGUUCAGCAAGGGCCACUACAGCAACGUUAAUUGCGUCCACUUGCCGGCCGGGUUGGGCCGCACCUCGGUCAACUUCGAGAUCAGCAUUCACGCGUGCGGCACGGCCGGGAACACGGAGAACGGUUUGUACGGGUACGGGGCCGAGUCCGGGUCCGGCACGUACUUCGAGAACAUCAUCGUGGUGCAAUACGAUCCCCAGGUGCAGGAAGUUUGGGACCAGGCGAGGAAGUUGCGGUGCACGUGGCACGACUUGUACGAGAAAUCCGUCACGUUUCGCCCGUUCCCGGUCGACAUGUUGGACGUGGUCCGAGCGGAUUUCGCCGGGGACAACGUGGGCUGUUGGAUGCAGAUACAGGUGGGGAAGGGGCCGUGGGCGUCCGAGGUCUCGGGCCUGGUCAAGAUCGGGCAGACGAUGACCAUGGUGCUCGCGAUCAAGGACGACGACUCCAAGUUCGACAUGCUGGUGAGGAAUUGCAUGGCCCACGACGGGAAACGGGCGCCUAUCCAGCUGGUCGACCAGAGGGGUUGCAUCACCAGGCCCAAACUCAUGUCCCGUUUCACCAAGAUAAAGAACUUCGGCGCCUCGGCCUCGGUCCUCUCCUACGCCCACUUCCAGGCAUUCAAGUUCCCGGACUCGAUGGAGGUCCACUUCCAAUGCACCAUACAGAUAUGCCGCUACCAGUGCCCGGAGCAAUGCUCCGAGUCGCCCCUUCUGCUCGAGUCCCAAGCCCUCCUCGAGACCCACCACCACCACCACCACUCCCACCCCGAUUCCUACGGCCUCCCGCCGCCCAUCCCCCUCCCCCUCGAGGCUUAUCUGCAGGCGGCGGCCGGCCGGCCGCGGGACGAGAGGCGGAGGAAGUCCCGCGAGAUAAUACCGGCUCCCCAGAAGGCGGUGGGGGUGAAUCGGAUAAUACGGGUGGUCUCGACCGGCGAUCUAACCUUUUCCAUCGACGAGGCGGGCAACGGUGAUUCGGGGGGAUCGACCGUGGUUUUCCCGCUUUCCCGGAAGGAAGAGAGCGGGUCGAGCGGCUCGGCCAUGAUAUGCAUGACAACCCUGGGCUUCGUCGCAACCCUCGUAGUACUCCUGGCCGUCCUCCUCUUCUCCUGCGUCCUCUCCACCUACCUCUGCCUCCGACUAAGACCGUUCUCAGGGAAAUCUAGAAAGGUUGCCACGUACCACAACGGGGAACAAAGCGCGGCCAAAAAGUCCGCCAGGACGUGUUUCUACUCGUAGGUCUUUCCUUCGAGGUGCUCGCCUCGAGUGUAAAGUAGCGACUGCGCGAUAUGAUGCCGUCCGUUUGUAUCCUUUCCUCUUCCUUCCUUCCUUCCCCGAGAAUCAAGGUUUUCGUAGCGUCUGUUGUUAUAUUAUUUAUUGAAACUGAGGGGGGGAAGAAAUAAAAUAACGAAUAAUCUUCGUUGACUAGGCAAGAAGAAAGGAAAGGGAUUUGUCAAUGUUCUAUUUUCUCGAUUACGGAUUUUUUUUUUUCUCCUUUCUUUUAUAAAGUACAAGUACGAGUCGCUCGUUCACCUUUUAUCCUUUGUUAUAUUUAUUUUCAGAGACGGGUCGAGACCGUUCAGUGAAAAUUUUUAUCGUUCUAUUGGAUGUCGCGCAAACCGGUCCUCUUGGUCGCGCCAUUACAGGUAUCGUAGAGGCUACAGAAAUGCCGAGAGCACAAUUCUGUGUACGAACGCGCACGUCGGACCACUACCUAUAUAGAGCGUCGUAUUAUUAUUAUUAUAUUACGAAGUAAAAAUAUCGGAUCCGUUGCCCGCGUUCGUGCCAGCGAAUCCAACCGAAACGGAGAUUCGCGGGGACAGAAUACAGUGUACAGAUUUGUGCUUCGUCAUCGUCGAAACUUACGCUCAAGCCGUUGCCGGCGUGUAUAGAAAUAUUCCGGGAAAAUUUAGUCAAAGAUAAUCAAACAUUUUUUUUUUUUUUUCCGCCCCUUCAUCGCUCGCUAUGGCUCAUCCAGGGGUCGUCCAUGGUAUUUGGGUAUAUAUUUUUUUUUUUUUUUCCGAUGAAUCGAUCACAUGUAUGUAACUCGACGCGUUAAGGCUGAAAUUGAACAUUGUAAAAAAGAAGAAAAAAAAAAAAAAAAAAAAAGAGUGUCCAUGUUUAAGAAAAGUAUUCGUCGUUUCUCUUUUAUUCGUUUCACUUUUUUUUUAAUAUUGUCGACGAUAUUGUUGUUUUCUCUUUUCAAUAUUAUUUAUUUGUUAGGUAGUAACGUUCCAAAAUUAUUAUUUUUUUUUUUUUUCUUUGGAUUCGUAUAUCUUGUAAGAGCUACACUUGUAAGAGCCAGUCACUAUCACGAAACUAUGGUUAAAAAAAAUGCUAUCUCUGCUAUUUUUAUUAACUCCUACGUUUAAGGUUAACGUUAAAUACGUUUCGCUUUAGUGAAGCGAACAUUUUUUUUUUUUUUUUUUCUACGUUAGUUUAUACGUAUACGCGUUGCCAUGUAAAACAAAGUUUCUUCUUAUUUAAUUAAAUAAUAGAGUAUUUAAAAUAUCGAGUAACAGUUACGAGUAAAAUGUCGAUUAUCUUUCUCUCGAGGAAUUUUUGAGGAGGGUCCAUUUUUAUUGUGCAAAAAAAAAAAAAGAAAGAGAAGAAGAAGAGAAAGGAAGGAAAGAAAACGCAUAACAUUGAAACGUAUUCGCACGGAUACGGAAUACGCGGAAAUAUAUUCUUGGAUUUCGUUGAAUUUCGUAUUCCUCUUAGAAUAAAUAUUUGAACGGUAUACGUUUCUUCCCGAGAUUUCGUUGUUUCGUCGUGCGAUAUUCCAAGAAUUUUCGAAUUUUAUUAUUCACGAUGUUUAAUAACGCGAUUCUUUUUCGAGAUUAAACUUCUCGAAACCAUCUUUCGAUAAUUUUUUUUCGAUCGAUAAUUGACAUUUUGCUUUUGAGAACGAAGAAGAGGUCGAAAUAUGUAAUGAACGAAAAAGAAAAAAAAAAGAAAAAAGAAAGAAAAA